AUGGAAGGUCUUGGUAUCGCGGCUAACGUGAUUGCCGUGGUUGACCUAUCUGCACAAGUUGCCAGAUUAUGUUACCAGUAUUCGAUCGCUGUCGCUGGUGCUCGAGAAGAGAUCGAACGUCUGUCAAGUCAUGUCAAGAAACUCCGUUUCGUGGUGGAGGAUGCAAACAAGCUUUUGGAAGAAGAUCGCGUUUCAAGCGGAAAACCGUCAGACGGACCAAGCAGCUCACUUCUCACAUUAGCGAAGGUAGCAAAAACUCUAGGCGAGUGUAAGAACGAACUUUACGCCCUGCAGUCGAAGUUAGAGCCCGCUGCCACAGGAUCGCGGAUGCGUCGUAUCGGCUCUCGAGCUCUUCAGUGGCCAUUCAAGAAGAAAGACGUCGAUGCCAUGGUCCAAAAUUUUGAGCGCUAUCAGAGGGUCAUCACGGAUGCACUACAAAUGGACCAAACUCGUCUCCUCCAGAGAAAUACAAGGUUGAUGGAGCAGAUGACUUUGCAGUUUGCAGAGAAGGCGCCCACGAAGCCCCCUAGCCCUGAUCUACCCGCAGCAUGCUUCACGAUACCGUUCCCUCGCGAUCCGGAUUUCGUCGACCGGUCUACACUCAUGCAACGAUUGGAAGACCAAUACAAAGGCUCUCGACAGCGUAUAGCCCUCGUGGGCAUGGGCGGGUUUGGAAAGUCCCAGAUCGCCAUCGAAUUCGCAUAUCGUGUCCGAGAGACAAUCUCUGAUGCCGCUACCAGCGUCUUCUGGGUACACGGCAGCACACGAGCGAGAAUGGAGCAAUCCUACCGCUCCCUGGCGGACUUACUCGAGAUUCCUCGACGCCAUGAGCCUGGUGUGAGCAUCCUUACACUUGUCCGAGACUGGCUCACAGGUCCGAAGCCUGGAAAGUGGCUCAUGAUCCUUGAUAAUGCCGAUGAUGUCGACGUAUUCUUCGCUACGGAUACCGCCCAGAGUACCAGUUCAGCCAGCAGUCACGAGACGCAUGAGCCUCUAGCAGCGUACUUACCCAAGACUGGAGAUGGGAAAAUUCUGGUCACGACGCGAAGCAUGAAUGCCGCAGAAAGGCUGACAGGUGGUCAUCAUUCUGUCAUCCAAAUACCAACUAUGGGCCAGGCCGAAUGUUUACAGCUUGUCCACAACAAUGCGGCCUUCGUUUACGAAAAGACCGCCGCGGAGGAACUUUCUAUCCAGUCGUAUGUCCAGAAUUUCCGGAAGAACGAGGCGCGGCAAGGGAGUCUCCUAAACCAUGACUCUGGAGACCUGAGGAGACUGGAAAGCGCAUCAAACUCCAUUGUCGUCACCUGGCAGAUCACCUUUGAACAGAUUCGUCGAGAAAGACCGUCGUCAGCCGAACUACUGUCGCUCAUGAGCUUCUUUCACUCUCAGAACAUUCCGGAAGAAGUUCUCCAGGGCUACGUCGGCCUUUCUUCAAGAACCAGGCAUGACUCAAGUCAACGAGAGUGGUCCUUGCCAGAUGACCAACCGCCUGGCGAGCCCGAAGCCAAUUCCGACGACGGCCAACUUGAAGACGACCUUGAUGCUCUCAUGGGCUAUUCUCUCAUCGUUCCCACAACCACACUUGGCUUCUACGACAUGCAUGCCCUUGUUCAGUUCUGCACGCAAAAAUGGCUAGCAGAGUUUGGCGAACCGGAGCGAUGGAGGAAACUCUUUAUACGCUUGGCGGCCAUCAGCUUCCCCAACGGAGAAUUUGGGACCUGGGAAAGAUGCCAAGCGCUGUUACCUCAUUUCCAUAAGCUCGUGGACCGAGAAGCUCCCGAUUCAGAGUCCUCGAUUGACCGAGCUAGACUCAUGCACCACAUGGCAUGUUACAUGCUCGAAAUAGGGAAGCCCUUUAGAGCUCUGGGAUUAAUCGAGACGGCACUCAGUCUGCGCAAAAGAAUGUUGGACAAAGAACAUGACGAAACUUUGUAUUCUUUGACAAGGAGGCGCCAUGGCGAACAGAGUGUUCUGGCGCUAGCGACCGCAGAUAUUUUGGCGUUCGCGUACCGACACCAGGGCCGAAUCGAUGAGGCUGAAAAGCUUCAGGCCUAUGCAGUUGAGAUGGCCCGGCAUGUGUUUGGCGAGAGCGGCACCCUGGCCCUUUGCAUGGAAAGACAUCUGGCCAAGAUAUACUGCCAUCAAAAGCGCUACGACCUGGCUGAGGCGUUGCUGGACAGAAACUUGAACAUCAUGUCGAGUAUCCAUGGCGAUGAACACCGAGGCACCCUAAUCGACAUGCAGGGUUUGGAAAUCAUUUACAUACGUCAAGGUCGAUACUGGGCAGCGAGCGAAUUACAGAACAGGUAUCUGAGGGCGACGUCUAGAGUAUACGGACAGUCACACCCUCGGACUAUCGCAGCGAAGGUCAAUUUGGCAUACUUGAUGCUGAUGCAGGGACUGGAAGUUGAAACAGACGAGUUGUAUGCGCAGACUGUCAGCCUGAUGAACGAGGACCAAGGGGAGCCCAGCAGUUUCCCGUUGGAAUGUUUUGAUCUGGCCUGCAUAUGCUAUGAGAGAGGUCGAAGUAAGGAUGCCGCCAAGUGGAUGCAGGCUUCUGUCGAGUUUGGUUUGAAGGCCAAUGGAGAGGGCCAUGUGGACACCCAAGAAGCCAUCUCGACACUAGCACAAUGGAGGAGGGAGGAUGAUGAGAUGCUCAGCCAUAGGAAAUUAUACGGCGCAACCGUGCCUAACGAUAUCCGGGGUGACAGCGAAGGGCCCAGCAGCAUAAGUUCUAUUGUUGAUACUGCUUGA